AACACGAGAAUUUCGCUUCAAUCUCUCGGUCGAUGAAAAUCCCAAAAUUGGGAACCGGAUUUACCGAAAAUCCUCAGGAACUCCCACUCUCAGACUACCAGAAAUUGGAAGCCGAUCACUGCAGUUCAAGCAAAAAUUACCUCGAUUACCAGGAAAAUUUCGCAAUCUUCACUGAAAUACAAGAAUGUCGUUCUCAUUUUUCAAGCAAUCGAGGCCUAAGACGCCGCAGGAAUUGGCGAAAGCAGUCAAGGAUAGUCUAACGGCGCUCGACUCCAAAACUGUAGCUGAAGUCAAAGCCCUGGAGAAGGCUUUAGAGGAAGUUGAGAAGAACAUAGUGACAAUGAGAACUAUGUUGUCAGGAGACGGGGAAAUUGAACCAAGUGCUGAUCAAGUUGCACAAUUGACGCUUGAAAUCUGUAACGAAGAUGUUAUUUCUCUUCUCUUUCACAAACUACCCACACUGGGGUGGGAAACUCGGAAAAAUCUAGUCCACUGUUGGUCUAUAUUGCUGAAGCAAAAGGUUGAUUCAGUAUUUUGCUGUGCACAAUACAUGGAGAACCAUCUAGAGUUGCUUGACUUCCUUGUCGUGUGCUACGAUAACAAGGAAAUUGCUCUGACUUGUGGACAUAUGCUGAGGGAGUGCAUCAAAUUACCAACUCUUGCAAACUUGUUGAAAUUAUAUUAUUCACGCUCAAAUUUCAGAUACAUAUUGGAGUCUCCCAGCUUUGGGUUAUUCUUCAAAUUUGUUGAGCUACCUAAUUUUGAUAUUGCCUCCGAUGCAUUUUCUACAUUUAAGGAUCUGCUCACGAAACAUGCAACUGCAGUUUCUGAAUUCCUGACCACUCACUACAAUGAGUUUUUUGAGCAAUAUGAAAAGCUUUUGACAUCUGCUAACUAUGUUACUAGAAGGCAGUCAUUGAAGCUUCUCUCGGAGUUUCUUUUGGAAUCACCAAAUUCCAAUAUAAUGAAACGCUACAUCGCAGAGGUUCGCCACUUAAAAGUCAUGAUGACAUUGUUGAAGGAUUCAAGCAAAAACAUUCAAGUAUCUGCAUUCCAUAUUUUCAAGGUUUUUGUGGCUAACCCGAACAAACCUCGAGAUAUAAAAGUUAUCCUGGCGAAGAACAAUGAAAAGCUUUUAGCACUGCUCCACAGCCUAUCUGCUGGAAAAGGUGCUGAAGAUGAUCAAUUUGAAGAGGAAAAGGAACUAAUAAUCAAGGAAAUCGAGAGAGUAUCUCGGCUUCCGAACCUUCAAUCUUAGUACAGGACACUCAUAACCCUUUAAAUCUUUAUAAGAGCGCUCGUCGUGUGGAAGCAACAGGGGCACGGGACGGCUGGCCAAGAAGUGAUGUUCCUAUACCCUUCUUCUUACUUACAACAUUUUUUUUUUCUUUUUACGGUUGGGGUUAAAGCCUUACCUGCAGUUAAGUGUGUUGUAUCAUAAGCUCUGCAAGAUGGGUAUAUGAUAAUCCACUCUUGCUCUGCUGAUUUAUGUCCAUAUAUCGUGUUUGCUUUUUAUUUUUUUUUCCUCAUUGUGGGUAUGUAACAUAAUAUAAUCAAAGAGGCUUCAGAAGGCCAAAUUUAUUAAAGAAAUUUGUGGGAUUGUGCCUUCUCUCAUGGUGCAAUUUUUGUUGA